GCCCCCAGACAGCCUGGACCAGGCCGCAGUCAUGCCGGACUCACCCGCCGAACUGAGGACACAACCCCGUUCCAUACCCACCUCAUCCCAGGGAGCCUUAAGACAGCCCCCCUCCACGACCCAGCCCCAUUCAGAUGAUGGGCCUGCCUUGUCACUGCCCCCUGGCCGUCUGCACAGCUGUCUGAAGUGGUCCAUGGUCUGCCUCUUGAUGAACGGUGGCCACUCGCCCACGGCCCUGAGCGGUGCCUCAGCCACGCCCAACGGGGUGAGCAGCGGCGCAGCACCCUCAUCCACAGCCCCGCUCUGUGCACAGCACCUGCCCCCAACCUGCAGCGCCAGGCAGCUCUGCAAACUCAAGCGCUUCCUCACCACCCUGCAGCAGUUUGGCCGCGACAUUUCCCCUGAGAUCGGGGCCCGAGUACGGUCACUGGUGCUGGGGCUCGUGAACUCCUCUUUGACCAUUGAGGAAUUCCACUCCAGGCUGCAGGAGGCCACCAACUUCCCUCUGCGCCCCUUCGUCAUCCCCUUCCUGAAGGCAAACCUCCCAGGGCUGCAGCGCGAAUUGGUGCACUGUGCUCGCCUGGCCAAGCAGACGCCUGCUCAGUACCUGGCACAGCACGAGCACCUGCUGCUGGAUGCAGCUGUGGCCUCUUCUCCGUCUGACUCCUCUGAGCUCCUGCAAAGCCCCCAUGAGAACGGAAAGCGCAAGUCUCCCGACAGGACCAAAGAGAAUGGCUCGGACCUAGAGCCGCCAGCCCCAGACCACCCCAGCAAGCGGCUCUGUACCCUGAGCCCAGCCCAGCGCUACAGCCCCAGCAACGGGCUGCCCCAGUCCAUGCCCCCUCCUGCCCCCCACUACCGCCUGGAGGACAUGGCCAUGGCCCACCACUUCCGUGACUCCUACCGUCACCCGGAACCCCAGGAGCUGCGUGAGCACUAUCAGCAUCUUGGUGUGCACGGGUCCCGAACCGAGGAGGUGAUUGACCACCGGCUCACUGAGCGGGAAUGGGCCGAGGAGUGGAAGCACCUCAACAACCUCCUGAAUUGCAUCAUGGAUAUGGCCGAGAAGACUCGGAGGUCGCUGACCGUGCUGCGCCGCUGCCAGGAGGCAGACCGUGAGGAGCUCAACCACUGGAUCCGGCGCUACAGCGACUCUGAGGACCCCAAGAAGGGCUCCCCGCAACCCCCACGGCCCCUCAGCACCUCCGUGGGUGUGGGGGGGCCUCAACCAGCUGCCCCCCGAGAGCUGCUGCAUCGGGCUCUUUCCAGCUACAUGCCUGAGGAGAUCUGGAGGAAGGCUGAGGAGGCCGUGAAUGAGGUAAAGCGACAGGCCAUGUCGGAGCUGCAGAAAGCUGUGGAGGACGCCGAGCGCAAAGCGCACGAGCUCAUCAGCACAGAGCGUGCCAAGAUGGAGCGGGCGCUGGCCGCGGCGCGGAGGCAGGCCUCGGAGGACGCGAUGGCCGCCGUCAGCCUGCAGGAGGACUCCAGCGAGAGCUGCUGGAACUGUGGGCGCAAGGCUAGCGAGACGUGCAGCGGCUGCAACGCGGCGCGGUACUGCGGCUCCUUCUGCCAGCACAAGGAUUGGGAGAAGCACCACCACGUGUGCGGCCAAAGCCUGCAGGGCCCCUUGGCCGCUGCCGACGGGGUGCCGGGUCCUCCCGAUGCCACCGUGACUGGUCUGGGCUCCUGUAUGCCUGCAGGCGCCUCCAGUCCAGGCCAGCCCAGUUCCUCGGAGCCUUCUCGCCCUGGCUCUCCUGGUCCCCUGGAAGCUGCGCCGCACUGACCCCAGGAUCCUGCUGUUGGACAUCAGACUCAGCACCCGCCGACCCUCCCCUGGGCCCCCACGGACACCGCGCCGGCUCUGGAGCCCCACGGAGUCACUGCUGCUACUGCUUUUCCAAAAGAAACCCAGAACCAACAGAAACUGCACUCAACGCGAACCCCUGCUCCACCCCGAGCCUCGCCCCCUCUCCGACUCUCCGGCUUCUCUACCACGAAGCAAGUCCGAUUGUUGGGUGGCUUAAACUUUCCUUGAAGAAGUGGGAGGAAUUUUGUUGGCAAAAGAGCUACUCAGAAGCGGACAGAGAAAACUCGGGGGAGGUUGGUCCCUACCUAAUUAAAGACGGGAAAGAAAACUUAUUUUAUAGUCGGAGUUCUGAGCCACUCCAGGUGCGCGACAAGAAGGAUAGUAAAACAGCUGCAGUUUCCGACUCAAGAAACAUUUUUUUUCCUUUCAGAUUUUUCUCCCCUUUAAUGUCAAACUCUUUGGCUUUAAACAGAACUCCAAAAAUUUUUGUAAAGCAAAGGACAUAUACCUGUAAA